UUCAUUUUUUGAUCCUCAGAAAAUAUAGGGAAGGGAAAGGAAAGAAAAAAAAAAAAAAAAAAAGUUUCCCCAUGCUUGAAUCGAGAGGGAAGUUUAUGUUGUCUCAAACGAUGAAAGAUCUCAUAAGAUCUAGAGCUUGAAUUUUUUAAUUCCUUAUUCUCAAUUAUUUUUCACGGCAUUCAAACGGGGCAUUAUGGGAUGGUUGCUUUUAGGUUUUGAAAUUGUUCUGGGCUCUGGGGCUUGAGUCCGCGGUCUUUUGUAUUCUACUCGAUUCAGUAGCAGUUAAUAGACCAAUUUAUUGCCCGUUAAUGAUUCUCCCAUUGAUGCUUUGUUGUGGCAAAAUGUAGGAGAAAGGAAUUGAAAUGCUGCGUUUUAUGUUUAUCCCUACUUUCUUUUGUUAAUUGACUUGGGGGGAGGGGAGGGUAGCGAGCUUUGAAGUUUGAACCCUUGCACAAAUGCAUAGGGAAUGGCUGAUCUCUAUUCAUGCAAUUCUCAGUUUAAUUUAAGCAAAUACACAGCGGUUGUAUCUGACUUGCAUACGCAACACUCUUGAGGCGGCCAUGUGUCUGCAGAAUUUCCCUUGUCAAGAAGUUGAAAGGCAUAACAAGCCAGAGGUUGAACUAAAGACCAGCUCAGAACUUCUGCUGAAUCCUGUCUUAAUAUGUCGAAAUGAGGCUGAAAAAUGUUUGAUAGAAACCUCAAUCAAUUCACUACGCAUCAGCCUCAAGGUAAAGCAGGCUGAUGAACUUGAAAACAUACUUGCUAAAAAAUUUCUUAGAUUUUUGUCGAUGAGGGCAGAGGCAUUUCAAGUACUGAGGAGAAAGCCAGUGCAGGGUUUUGACAUUAGCUUUCUCAUUACAAACUAUCACUGUGAAGAGAUGCAGAAACACAAGCUUAUAGAUUUUAUUGUGCAAUUCAUGGAGGACAUCGAUAAAGAAAUAAGCGAACUAAAAUUGUCGGUGAACACACGCGGUAGACUUGUUGCUACAGAGUUCUUGAAGCAAUUCAUCUGAAACUAUUGGAUUAUCACACCUUGAAGAGCUUGGUUAUUGUGGAUGUUUUCUAACCAAGUUGUUCGGACUAGACAGAGCUGCCUCGAUUGUAAUGAUUUGCCCACACUUGGGAUAUUUGCCUAUGUAACUAACCAUUUGUGCAAUGCCAAGAUUAUGUUUAUUAUAGCAACUCUCUCUGUUUUGUUCUUCUGCAAGCGUUUACAAUGGCUUUUUGACUAUUAUGCAGUCAAUGAUGGCUUAUGAGGCAAAAUCUUAGUACUAUGCAGACUUUUGUCCGUACAUAAAUGAAUAUAAGGAGUGUAUUUUGAGGA